AUGUAUCCUUCCUUCAGAACAAAAGGGAGGUACCUCCUACUCGGCUUCACUCUAGCCCUCACCUUCUUCUACCUCCUCUCCUCACCCCCAAAACCCGCCUACACAGUUCCCCCCUCCUUAGCCACCUCACCCUUAGCCUCCGAGCGCCUCGAAUGGUACAUGAACCACAAACCCCCGUCCUACCCACCCUCCACCAAAUCCUUCGACUGGAGCAAAGUCCGCGUCGCGAACCCACCUCCCUCCCGUCUCAAACACCUCCCCUCAGGCCGCCCCAAGGACCUCCCGCCCAUCCAGUACAAAUUCGGCCCGGACGACUGGUCCCGCGCCCGCGCAAAGACGCGCGAAACCCGCCGCCAGCAGGUCAAGGCCCUCUUCUACAAGAACUGGGACAGCUACCGCAAGUAUGCCUGGAAAAAGGACGCCCUGCUACCGCUGAGCUCCAAGGGGAGGGACCAGUUCUCCGGCUGGGCCGCCACCCUGGUCGAUUCUCUCGACACGCUGUGGAUCAUGGGGUUCCGGAAGGAGUUCGACGAGGCCGUCGCUGCAGUGGCCGAGAUCGACUUUGGGAAGACUACGUCGACGAGGGUGAAUACGUUCGAGACGAAUAUCCGCUAUCUUGGCGGGUUGCUGGCCGCCUAUGAUUUGAGCAGGCGUGAGAUCCUCCUUACCAAGGCCGUCGAGCUGGGCGAUCUCUUAUACGCCGCCUUCGAUACCGAGAACCGCCUUCCCGUGGACAACAUCGACUUUGAGAGCGCCAAGAAAGGUGAAGGCCUGAGAUUAGAGGGCAUCGUCGUCUCCGCCGGACCGGGAACUCUCUCGCUCGAAAUGACGCGCCUAUCCCAGCUCACCGGCAACCCAAAGUACUACGACGCCAUCUCCCGAAUCACCCGCCUAUUCGCGAAGCACCAAAUGGCCACCGCCCUGCCCGGCAUGUGGCCCAUGUUCGUCUCCAUGUACAACCAGGACGUGACCUACGGUCGCAUCUUCACCCUCGGCGGGAACGCCGACUCCCUGUACGAGUACCUCCCCAAGAUGCACGUCCUCCUCGGGGGGCUCGAACCCGUGUACGAGAAGAUGUCGCGCGCCUUCAUGCGCACGGCAACCGAGCACCUGUUCUUUCGGCCUAUGGUCCCCAGGGGCGAGGAUAUCCUCAUCUCGGGGACCGUUAGAGUCGGACCCGAUGAUGUCCCCACGCUUGACCCGGAAAGCGAACAUCUUACCUGUUUCAUCGGCGGCGUCAUGGCCCUGGCCGGCCGCCUCUUCGCCAAUGACACCGAUGUCGAGACGGGGGCCAGGCUCGCCAAGGGCUGCGCCUACGUGUACAAGUCUUUCCCCACGGGGAUAAUGCCCGAGCGAUACAAUAUGGCCGUAUGCCCCGGUCCCACAGCCACGCCUCGCACCUGUCGCUGGGACGAAGCCGUCUGGGACGCCGAGAAGAAGAAGAGAGAGGAGUACCUGCCCCACCUGCCCAAAGGAUUCACCACCGCCAAAGACCCGCGGUAUUUGUUGAGGCCCGAGGCGAUCGAGAGUUUGUUCGUCUUGUAUAGGGUCACAGGCGAGGAGCAGUACGUCGAUAUGGCGUGGGACAUGUUUCGCGCCGUGAGGGAGGGGACGGCGACGGAGAUUGCGAAUGCGGCUGUUUUGGACGUCACAGUUGCGAAGGAGAAGGUUGAGGGUAGGAAGUUGCCCCUGGAGGAUUACAUGGAGAGCUUCUGGCUUGCUGAGACACUGAAGUACUUCUACCUGAUCUUCUCGCCUCCGGAUCUGAUUAGUCUUGAUGACUAUGUGCUUAAUACCGAGGCACAUCCCUUCCGGAGACCAAAAUAA